AAGUUCAUAAACAAGUAGUCGAAAAAGGGUUACAAAAUAGUUUAUCCGGCGAUAAUGAUCACAUGGCACGACCUCUGCACGGUCCUCACUGCGGUAAUCCCACUCUACUUCGCUAUGAUCCUCGCUUAUGGCUCCGUCCGGUGGUGGAAAAUCUUCUCACCGGACCAAUGCUCCGGAAUCAACCGCUUCGUCGCCAUAUUCGCCGUCCCUCUCCUCUCCUUCCACUUCAUCUCCACCAACAACCCUUACGCCAUAAAUCUCCGUUUCAUCGCCGCAGACACUCUCCAGAAACUAAUCAUGCUCACUCUUCUAACCCUAUGGGCUAACUUCACUCACUCAGGUAGUCUCGAAUGGAGCAUCACCAUCUUCUCCCUCUCCACGCUUCCCGACACGCUCGUGAUGGGUAUCCCCCUGUUAACCGCCAUGUACGGCGAGUACUCCUGCUCGCUCAUGGUUCAGGUCGUCGUUCUCCAGUGUAUAGUCUGGUAUACAAUUCUCCUCUUCUUAUUCGAGUACAGAGGAGCGAAGAUUUUGAUCAUGGAGCAGUUCCCGGAGACGGCUGCUUCUAUCGUCUCUUUCAAAGUCCAUUCCGACGUCGUUUCGUUGGACGGGAACGAUCUACUUGAAACGGACGCUGAGAUAGGAGGUGAUGGGAAGUUACACGUCACGGUGAGGAAGUCAAACGCUUCCCGGAGAUUUUUAUGUUGUCCAAGUAUGACUCCACGUCCGUCUAACAUCACCGGAGCUGAGAUUUACAGCCUUGACACGACUCCAAGAGGUUCCAACUUUAAUCAGUCGGACUCCUAUUCAGUGAUGGGGUUUUCCGGUGGCCGUCUCUCAAACUUUGGUCAGUCGUCUAGGGGUCAAACUCCUGGGCCUUCAAAUUUCGAGGUGAGUUGUGGUAUGGCUUCGUCUCCUGGGUUAGGGUAUGACCCGGGUACUUCCGGGUCAUACCUAGCCCUGAAUGCGGAGUUCUCCUCCUUAGUUGCUAACAAAACGGUUAGCAAAAACCACCAUACAAGAGGAAAGUCUAGUAGUAGUCAUGAUGCUAAGGAGCUCCAUAUGUUUGUUUGGGGCUCCAACGGAGGAUCCGAUCAGGGAGCAAAAGAGAUCCGAAUGAUAGUCCCUGAACCUCCUCAAAAUGCAGAAACAAAAGUGACAGCUACUGGUCCGAGGAAUAUAGACUUUGGCGGUGAAGAAGAGUCGGAGAGAGUGAAGGAAGUGGCAACCGGACGAAACAAGCUUCAGUGUAACUCCAUGGCGGAGCUAAACCCUAGAGAAGCGGUGGAAACCGUACCAGUAAAACAUAUGCCGCCGGCGAGUGUGAUGACUAGGUUGAUAGUAAAAAUGGUGUGGAGGAAACUCACCAGGAACCCUAACACUUAUUCCAGUCUCAUUGGUCUCAUAUGGGCUCUCGUUGCUUUCCGGUGGAAUGUGGCAAUGCCUAGAAUCAUUCAGCAAUCAAUCUCAAUCCUCUCUGAUGCUGGUCUUGGUAUGGCAAUGUUCAGUUUGGGGUUGUUCAUGGCAUUGGAACCUAAAUUAAUCGCUUGCGGAAACUCUACUGCAACUUUUGCAAUGGCUGUGAGGUUCUUGACAGGACCAGCAGUAAUGGCCGUUGCUGCCAUGGCUAUUGGAUUACGCGGAGAUCUAUUACGUGUGGCCAUAGUUCAAGCUGCAUUGCCUCAAGGAAUCAUGCCGUUUGUGUUUGCAAAAGAAUACAAUGUUCAUCCGGCAAUCUUAAGUACAGGGGUAAUAUUUGGAAUGCUUAUUGCACUACCGAUCACACUUGUUUACUACAUUCUACUUGGGCUAUAAAGCUCUGUCAUGGAGAGGUUUGCUUCAGAAAAACAAGAGAAUUCCAAAUUUCGUUGAAUAAAAGAGAAUGUAACACGAGGUUUAGUAGAGUUAGUGCCAAUAUUUGAUUUGAGGAUUAAAAGCUCUUUUCUUUCCAGUAUUUUCCUAGAGAUUAGAAGAGGAUGACAAUGAUAGAGACAAGAAGCGGAAAACAAGGGCAACAAGACAAAACAACCAACAAAAGAAAAAGCGUCGGACUAUAUAUAUCUGAUUUUGCGUUUUUACGGAGCGUGAAGGUUGUUUUUGUAUACUAUCAUUUCUCUUUUUCUUUUUAUUGGAACAAUUUCUCAUUGUGUAUUCGUUGUUGUUCCUAAAGAAGACAAUUUGAACUAUCAUUAUUUUUUUUUGAAUGAACGUUAAUUAUAUUCAAGACAAAAAAAUUAUUUUGCAUCUAGUGCUACAUCCAGAGACGGAGGCAGAUAUUUUUUUUAUUGGGGACAUGAGUAAAAUUAGUUGAUGGAUUAGAAUUAUAUUUGAUCAAAACAAUGGGGGCAUAUUGAAUUUAUUGAGAGAUUUACAUGGAAUUUUAAAAGGUUGUUGGGGGCAAAUGCCCCCCUCUCACACAAUGUAGCUCCGCCACUGGCUACAUCUAUAGAACUUUUAAAGAAUGAAAGAAAUUGGUUGGAAAAAUCAUCUAGCGCAAUUUUCUCUUUUCUUGCUUUCUCGUUUCCUUGCUUUUUUAAUACUCAGUGCUGGUAGAAGAUAAGACGUUAACACCAUAAUUAACUCCAGUAUUUUAAGUGGAUUUUUUAACUUCGGGUAAAGCUAAGAAUUAUUUCUUAGAUUUUAACUAAGAAAAACUAAAAGUUAUCUCUUAAAUAAAAGAUAUAAAAACCGUUUCAUAGUUGAAAAGUAUAAAAAAAAUGUCAAAUCAUGAGUUAAGAAUUCCGACUAAAAGACCGAAGUUAAUCAUGCUCUAAGACUCUCGUCGUACUUCUUGUCUCCUAACUGUCGAAUGUCAGAUAGUCUGUUCCUCAUUGUUUUAUCCAAGAUCUUGGUAAGCCUCAUUGUCGGUUAUACUUAACAUUUUCUAUUGACAUGUGUUUUGAACCGUGACGGCUUAGACAGCGAUAACAUACAGCCACCUCAAAAGUAGUUUACUAGGUUUUGUUUAAUGUUUGUUUCUAACGACCAUUAUGGUAUUGUGUUAGUAAGAAUAUAAUGAAGAAAAAUCAAUCUGAAAUAUGAAAUAGCGAGAUUGUAGUUUAUUGAUUUUUUUUUUUUUAUUGUCACGUAAUUUGAAUAAGACUAGGGAAACAUUUUUGAAGUCAACUUACAAAAAAUAUUAGGGGGAAAACAAAUCAACCAUCUAUGAAACUCAUCAUUUUGCCAAUCAAUUAGUCACUUCAAAUUGUUACUAAUUUCUUGGAGUCUCUAAAUUUUGGUGGAUGUAGCCAAUUAAUAAAUCUUUCAAUAAAUAUUUUAAAUAAUUUUGAAAGUUUUAUGUUUGUGUAAUUUUCUUCAAAAAAUUGGAGACAUACCAAUGCCUAUGUUUAAGAUCAGCUGUGUCUCUGACCAUUACGGCAUGGUAAUGUAUUUUCUCCGUUUUAGAAAUAUACAUAUUAUGAAAUUUUCUUUUCAAUAUGAUAUAUUAAACAAAAAUGAUAAAUUAUAAUUCUGUAAAAAUUGCAUUUAUUGAAUUUUUAUUAGUUAAAAUUAUUAAAAAUAAAUAAUCAUUGAUAAUAAUGCAUUUUUAAUUAAAAUUUAAUAUGUUUUUUUAUGUGCAAAAUUCUUAAAUAUACAUUUUUUAAACACAAAGAAUAUUAAUUACAUAGAGUCUCAGAUAGGGCUGGGCAACAAAGUCCAAAUCCAGAGAACCAAACCGAAUCCUCCGAAAAAGUAGUAUUCAACCCAAAUUAGAAUUGGUUAAAUAUCCAAACGGAUUCAAAAUUUUGGUAUUUAGAGAAUCGAAACUGAAUUUGAUCCUAACCUAAGUAUUUCGGAUAUCCGAAUGUAUCCGAAAUAUAUUUAUAUAAUUAAAUAUAUUAAUUAUUUUUAGAUUUAAUAUAUUAAAAAGAUCCAAAAUAUAUAAGAUUUUUUGAAGUUAUCCAAAAUUAAAUUUCUAAAAUAGCUAAACGAUAUUCAAAAUACCAAAAAUACUUGAAAUAUCCAUUAAUUUUCUAUCCAAAUAUUCAAGCCAUGCCAAUUUAAAUGUUAAGUUUAGGUAUUUUAGCAUGUUUUAUUCAAUUUUAUAUACACUAUAUUAUUUUAAUUUUUAGAUUUUGAGAAAUUUAAAGUAUAUAUGAAUUAUAUAUUUUUUUAAAGUCUAAAUGAGUUAGCCGAAUCCAAACCAAAAUUUAUAAUGUCCGAAUGGAGCCCGAACCGAAUCCGAAUAAGUAUCCGAACGCCCAUUCCUAAGACUCUCAGACCACUAUUCAUUAUUCUGCUGUGAAGAAAGGACCAACACACACCGUCUUUAAACCCAAUGGAAACAUUUUUUUUCUUGAAUCCUAUCGAUAAAUAUCCUGUGAGGAGAAAAAGGUUAUAUAUGUUAUAUACUUGCAUUCUGAUCCAUCUGAAUUUUGUAUUCAAUUUUCGUAAGACGAUCCAUAUAUUUCGGUUGAAAUAGAAACACAUAAUGAUAGAGAAAACAUAUGACAGAAAAUUGGUUCAGCACUGUGUUAGUUUUGAAUAUCGUUGCGUGAAUAAUCGUUGGUUUGCGAAUAACAUGCGAAUCUAUAUGUAUUGAAUUAGAUGCCGAAGUGGAAGGAACAUACUCAACGCACAUUUUUUCCUUCUAGAGAAAAGUCUUGCAACAAAUCAUCAACGAUCACAGACUAGACCAGCCAUUGCCCAUUGGCAAAGUAACUAGUUUGGUUGAUCUGGAGGUUAGAUUAGCGUAUUUUGUUAUUGAUUAUCUUUUACACAAUCUUAAGGCCAACAUGCCUCGCACAAAGUAAUGAACUCCGUGCACUAUUUUACCCAAAACUUGUAUUUAAAUAAGUCACUGUGAAAAUAAAUUAUAAGUAGUUGAUUUAUCUAUUGAAAAACAUUAAUGUACAAAAUUCAUCUUUCUGUAACACGAAAAAAAUUCAAAACAUCUAGUUUUCCGUAAAGGAGGGAGGAGUAUACAGUCCUAUAUAUUUUUUUUAAAAACUGUCAUGUAUUAUUUCUUGCUACUAUCGAAAAUGCCUUUGAGAAUCAGAAAUAGUCAGUAAACAAAACAGAUGGAAGGGGAAUUGUAUUAAUUAUAUGGGUUGGUAUUAAAUAUGAACCGAUCAUCCGUUUCUUGAAUAAAGUUUGUCUUAUUGAACAAGUUAAUAUCAUCCGUUUCUUUUCUUGAAUAAAGUUUGUCUUAUUGAACAAGUAAUUUUUCUAGCAUUUCUUUUUCUGUUUCAAUAUAUAUAUCUGUUUUAUGUAUUUUCAACAUACGUUUUGGCACAAAACACUUAAAUUCACCCUAAAUAAUAACUAAGAAAAAUAUAAGAUAGAACCUUAUAUAAAAGACUUGUUUUUCAAGUGUACUUUUUACUAUGAAAAUGAAAAAUAUUUUUAAUAAAUAGUUUUUGGUCGUCUAAGUUCUUACUAAUAAACUAGUUUAGUGAUUAUAUAGGUUUCUAUUAGUUACAAAAUUUACCUAAUCAUAUUUAUAUUUAACCAGGCAAUCAUUUAAUAAAAUCAAUGACAAAGAAAAUUUUCAUUAAGCCAGUUGGUACAACUUAAGUCUAUGUUAAUUAUUUUAGUCUUUCCGAUUUGUUUUUUUUUCAUUUUUCUUGAUUAUCAUAGCCAUACAUGAUAUAUGUUGAGUGUGAGUGACUAGCCAUACUGACUAGUGUACUUGUGAGUAAAAGGAAAGAGCCAAUGUCUAAAAAUGUCUGCUUCUUUUUUUUUGCAACUGAUUUUUCAUAUUAAAAACGUAAAGGAGAAAAUAAAAGUUUACAAGCUGAAAAGCUUCAGUUUUUUCUUGCAAGAGCCCAGCCCAGACAACAAACACAACCCAAUCAAGAAUCAUAAGUUAAUAUCAAACUAAGGCCCACUAGGAAGCAUAGGAAUUAACGGGAAGAGGAGGAGACGCACUCCGUAGUCGUGACGGU